AUGUUGGAGAGGGUUCAUGCUAUUUCAUAUCAGAGGACCUCAUUUGAACAGUAUGCCCAGCAGAGCAAGGAGUCGUUGGGGAAAAGGAAGUGGAGUGAUCAAGGUAAGAACAGACAUAACUGGCACAAUAAAAGGCCAAGCACAGGAGUUCGUAUUGGUGGGACAAGUGGGAGUAUUACACCCUGUCCUAAGUGUAAUAAACUCCAUAGGGGUGAAUGUUUACUUGGGAAGAACAUGUGUUUCCAGUGUGGUAAACCAGGACACAUUGCUCUCAACUGCACAGAGCCUCCAGAGAAGAAAGAUGAUGAUCAAGACAAGAAUAAGAAAGGAAAGGCUCGAGUUUUUGCACUGAAUCAGCAUGAGGCGGAUCAGGAUCCGAAUGUGAUUGCAGGUAUUCUGUUAUUAUCUGAUGUACCCGCUUACAUACUUUUUGAUUCUGGGGCUACCAAUUCUUUUUUCUCUACAUCCUUAGUCGCUAGGUCAAACCUUGCAUGUGUGAAAACGAAUUAUGAAUUAGAGGUUAGCAUCCCUUCAGGAAGAACUCUUUGUACAAAUCGGAUGACUAAGGCUAUAAAGUUAGAGAUUGAUUGGAAAAUUUUACAAGUAGACUUAUACCUUUUGGAGAUGAAAGAUUUCGAUGUUAUUUUGGGCAUGGAUUGGUUGGGACUUAAUCAUGCGACCAUUUGA